AACGCAGAUCCUCGAAUGGAAAGCAAAAUAUUUGCUCUGCUGCUAUCGGCACUCAUCUGGACGGAUUGUGCUCAAUCUCAGCUGCCAGAUGACUUUAGUUGUGAAACUGUUAGUUCACAGCGACUCAAUUUAACAGCUCUGGCGGGCUACUGGUUCGAGGCAGUCAGAGUGCCGAAUGUGGAUGUUAUGAAAUGCUUAAAUGUCUCCGUGCCGGCAACGGUGGAUCAUGGAUUGGAACUGCAAUUGGAGUACGUCAACACGGUUGAUAAACGACCUCUGACCGUUAAGGAGACCAUUUCAUUUCCAUGGGAUGACGCAACUGCGAACGGUCUUUUCAAUUUGGAAUAUAUUACCGAGUUGAUGAACAUAAGUGUCACCUACAAACUGGUCUAUGCCCAACCCAAACUUAUGGCCAUCCUUUGCGGCUACUCUAGCAUCUCGCCGAUGCCGCUCUUCAAGAUAUUUACGCGCCAGCGCCAGCUUGAUCCAAUUAUUGUCAGCUAUAUUACCAAGCAAUUAGAUAAAACCCCCUAUGGUAAUAAUUUUCAUUGGACAGAACAAUCACCGGAUCGUUGUAAUGCUGCAGUCAGUCCAAAAUUGACAGUCAUAGUAGUAUUUGGAUUGGCAAUCAUAUGUAGUCUAUGGAGUUAAUCAGCUGAAACAAGUGGCUGCUUAUCGUUAUCUGCUUAUCGUUAUAUAGUUAUGAGUCAAUUUUGUUAAAACAAGUGGUAAAAGCUAGGUCAAAUAUUUGUAUUUAUAAGAUAUACAUCGAUCUGAGUAAGCGGACUGUACGAAUUUUGAACAAACUUGAGCUGUAUUCGAUUUUAUGCGUAGCACUCAGGCUGUGCCUUUUUAUAAUUUUGCAAUAACAAACAAAGUGUAAAAUUAAUUAAGCUUUAUAACUAAUAUAUAAUAAUGUAAAUAAAAUUCUAGUCAAGUUGUACAGCAGCAAGUCAGUUCCUUGUUUAAGUUAAACAUUCAAAAUGUUAGCAAAUUUGUUUUUAAUAGAUUCUGGUUGUUAUAAUACAUAAAUAUAUGAGGGCUCCGAUCCCCUCAAUUA